AGGUUUUUACACCACACAUGGUACGUGCUUUACUGGAUGUUAAGGGUGGCCUCUGGCUCACACAAGCGCGUAUGGCAAGAUACCAAGCAAAGCUCUUAGAGAACCCUGAGGUCACGCUGCAGCCUUGUCCAUCCCUUAACCCUGCCACCCUCUUACCAGAAACUGAGAAACAGGAACAUGACUGUUUGCAGAUCAUAGAUGUCCAAUAUUCUAGCGGCCCGGACUUGAAGGAUGUGCCCCUCCCAAAUGCAGAUUAUGAGUGGUACACUGAUGGUAGCAGCAUGGUGAUAAAUGGGCAAAGAAGGGCGGGUUAUGCUAUUGUGACCCUCAAUGACACCGUGGAAGCUGAAAGUUUGCCCGCUGGGACCUCUGCCCAGUUGGCUGAGCAAGUGGCCCUGACCCGUGCACUCGAACUGUCCAAAGGAAAACGGGUCAAUAUUUUCACUGAUUCCAAAUAUGCUUUUGGGGUGCUGCAUGCUCAUGCUGGCCUGUGGAAGCAGAGGGGAAUGCUGACAGCCCAAGGCUCCCCAGUCAAGUAUGGGCCCCAAAUUCUCCGGCUUCUAGAGGCCGUGCAACUCCCUUUGGAAGUGGCAGUGGUACACUGGAAGGCCCAUCAGAGGGAGGAUCAAGAUGUGACCAGGGGUAAUGCCAGGGCAGAUAGAGAGGCAAAGCAUGCUGCCACCCUGAUGUCCCCUCAGACUGAGAACACCUAUAUGCAUGCCCUUAUCCCAUGAGUGGGGGAACUCCCGACACCUCAGUAUUCUGGGGAGGAGAAACAGCUAGCUGACAAACUUGGUCUCCAGGAAAAGGAGGGAUGGCUUCAUUCCCCGGAAGGGAAAGUCCUCUGACCAAAGGGCCUAAUUCUGCCAGUAUUACAGAAAUUACAUUAAACCACUCAUGCUGGCAGGGAGGCACUUAUCCAACUAAUGGGAAAGUACUUCAUAACCUCCAGACUCAGACCCCUGGCUGCCCAGAUACAGGUGGAAUGCCUAGUCUGUCAAAAGAAUAACCCCCGACCAGGACACCCAGUACCACCAGUGGCCCUGGAACCCACUCCAGGCCCCGGACGGGUGUGGCAAAUAGACUUUACUGAGUUUCCCAGGACCCAAGCGUUCAAGUAUCUCCUUGAUAUAGUGGAUAGAUUCAGUGGAUGGCCGGAAGCCUUUCCAUGUCUC